CGCAUCGCAGCCGUGAGACAGCUGAGAGCCCUGAGUGACCCCGGCGUGGAGACAUCAUGCUUUCCGUGAUGACUGGUCUGUGGAGGCUAAUUAUUCCCAUGAUUGUCCUAUCGCACUUCUCGGCAUCUCUUCCAUCCUGGGAGAGGACUGAGAGACAUGCUGAUGGGCUCUUCCACAGCGAGCUCAGCAAGAUGAAUGGCAAUGCCUAUGUGCAGCAGCUAGUCAAACACCUAGUAGGCCUCAAGGAGAGGUCCCAGAGGCACUCAGAUGGGCUGUUUACCAGUGAAUACAGCAAGAUGAGAGGAAAGGCUCAGGUUCAGAAGUUCAUUCAAAAUCUCAUGGGCCGCAAGCGCAGCUCUCCAGGCCCAGUCAAUGCAGAUGUGCUGGGGAGAGAGGAGGACAACAGCCAUGAGGAUCUUUGUUUUAUGUGGCUGUACCAGAGCUUUCUGAACACCAGCCACUCAAACAGUGAUGCCAGGGAAGCUGCUGCAGUUACCAGCCAGUACAUUUGUCCCAUCUCCAAGCAGCUGGUUGCAGAGAUGAAGGAAGAUGCAGACAGUUUUGACUAGAGGUGUCAAAAACAGCCAAAGAUACGGCUUUGCAUGUACAUAGCCUUGCAAAUAAACAAGGAAGUUGUUGAAUUUUGCUUAGGGGAGGCUCUUGAGAUCAACAAAUAAAUAACAUUAAAUUCUGGAAAGCAGCCAAAAAACAAUGAAACCACUUAGGUAAGCAAGAGUAAAAUAUAUGUUAGUGUGAGUUGGUGUCAGUGGAUGGAGCCUGAACGAAGCACAUCACUUCCACCGUGUGUUAGCAUCUGGCUGCCUGCUUCUGAAGACUAAUAAAGAUUUGUUAGCUAUG